CAGGCGCAGGCGGAAGUCGGUGGAAUGGUGUGGCUCCAGCUUGGAUACAUUUGUAGCGGAGGAGGAGAAGCCCUUGGAAAGCAGGAGAUCCCAGUGGAUACAGAGGGAAUCAGCAGUCGCAGCUCACUCUGCCUACCCUUCAUUGCAGGCCUGUUUUUAACCAAGGAACACUGAGCAUUCCAGGUUUGAGUGCUGUUUUCACACAAGUCACCGCUCCCAACAUUAUUCCUGGUGUUCAGGUUUGGAAGCAGCCUCAAGGGAAACAAUGAGCCAAGAGGGUUUAAACUCAGCUGCGGUCCCUCUCUGUGCAGAGGAUGUCCAGGGAGAUGGUCGCUGGAAGUCACUGCACAACAGAUUUGUCCUGGACUGCAAGGAUAAAGAACCUGAUGUCCUUUUCGUAGGUGACUCCAUGGUGCAACUUCUGCAGCAGUACGAAAUCUGGAGGGACCUGUUCUCACCGCUGCAUGCACUUAACUUUGGGAUUGGAGGAGAUACCACGAGACAUGUCUUGUGGAGGCUUGAGAAUGGAGAACUAGAAAACAUCAAACCCAAGGUGAUUGUCCUCUGGGUGGGGACCAACAACCAUGAACACACAGCCGAGGAAGUAGUCGGUGGGAUCGAGGCGAUUGUACACCUAAUUAACAUAAGGCAACCUCAGGCCAAAGUGGUGGUAUUGGGUCUCCUGCCUCGUGGGGAGAAGCCCAAUCCUUUGCGAGAGAAGAAUGCAGAGGUGAACGUGCUGUUGAAGAGAUCCAUCUUGAAGUUCCCAAAUAUGCAGUUCCUGAAUGUCGAUGCAGAGUUUGUGCAUUCUGACGGCACCAUCUCCCAUCAUGACAUGUUUGAUUACUUGCACCUCACCCAAAUUGGCUAUGCCAAAGUUUGCAAACCUGUCUAUGAACUGCUAGUUCAGCUCCUGGAGGAGACACCUGAGGAGAAACAAGCCACCCUGGCAUGAUCGCAUCAAAGCCCUUCAUAUGUCAUUGCCAUCUCUUUUAAACUGGGAUCCGACCAGCACUACAUUUAGAAUCCUGCAACGCUCCUGCCUGGAACGUUUGAGUAAAGGCACCCUGAUUUGUUUCAAUAUUUUGAAGUGCAGGGUUCCCUGUGAAGUGGACACUGUUUGUUCUAUAUCGAAGCAUUAGGCUACAUUUGAAAUAGACAGUGCAGUUUAUAUAUACAUUGCUCUGUUACUGUCAUUUGGCAUAAUGAGGUCAUGUUGAACAUAGAUGUGUGUCUGCAAUAAUUAGCCAUUGGUCACCAUAUACUAGAGGAAAAAGACACCUGUCUUCCAUUGAUUUUUCUUCUUUAAUUGCUGACUUGGUGUAAUGUGAAUCCCCAUUUACGUCCAACUCUCUUUUAAACAUAGAUAUAGUGGCCACAGAAAUUAGUCUGUUGGCAGUUGUAUGGUACAGAUAUUCUUUUUAUGAAAAUUGACUCAUUCAGAUUUUUCCAACACAGUGCGUUAGUCUCCAGUACUUUGUAAAUACUAUAGUGAGGAGCUGUGGAGACCUCUAGUGGUAGUGAGAGUGCUGUCUUUUCACCAUUUUGGGUUCAACAUUGUUGAAUUUGCUUCCAUUCUACAUUACGAGACAUUGGAUGUGUUAAUGUUCCUGAUUUCAAACUUUUAACACAGUUAUUCAUCUUUGAGAUGGAAGGGCUUUCCAAUUCCAUCAUUGCCAGUCACCAUUAUGUGAAUGAGAAUCCUGUUCUGCAACUAUUUUCUUUUGAUUAUUCUUCAUUCAGCACAGAGUGGAACAUCAAAAAGGAGUCUUAUGCAGUUUUAAUUCUUGUUGGUCUCUUUCCACACUUUUGUUUCACUGAACUCUUUGGAGGAAUUGUCUGGGCGAAUGAAUGGGUCUCUACCUAUCUUGAUGCCUUUGGAACAUGACUGCACCUUCACAGCAGUAUUUGUCGCACACGUAGAUCAUGGGUGAAGCAUUGCAUUAAGGGUUUGCCAGUCCUUGGGUAAGAAGCUUUUCCCCACCAACAUCAUGGAGGGCAGGCUUUCCACAAUGUAAAAAUUUCUAAUAACAUCCACCUGUUCUUUAGAGUUGUACAUCUGUUGUUGCAGGAGGUCAUGCGGCCAGUUAUUUGGCCGUUUAACAAUACACCAAAUAAGUGAGAGGUAUUCCCAGUAUUGGGUAACACAGCAAAAAGGUUGAACAUGGCCAUUGAUGUUUACUAUCCCUCUGAGUGGAAGUAAUAAUGUUGCUUCCUGCUAAAUCUGAGCUGUGGGCCAUGAUGUUUGUUGCUGAGUCGGCCCUGCCUUGCUCGCUUUGUCAGAGUUGACUGUGAAAUUGGUGCCAUGAGGAAACAGUCAAAGUUCAUUGAUGUGUUACUGGAUGUAAAGUACAAUACCUGCGUGAAUUUGCUUGCUGGACGAAUCUUGAAAAUGAGUCAAUGAAGGAAAUUUCUGUGAGGACACUCCGUGUAUUCAGUUUUAAUAAAUAUAUAAACCCUGCUUCUAGAAUUAGCUUACCUAUCAGGAUCGGCUUAUCUUUCAUUGUCUUUCAUUCAGUUUCAAAGAUUUUUAUUUGUUUGUAUCUUAAUUCUGUUUGUCUCCAUUGCUGCUCCCAGCAGGGAAAAUAUAAUGGAGACAGUGGGAAGCAGGUGCCUUGUUUCCAGAUUAUAAUUUGCGACAUACUUUUAACAUUGGCCGAAGGGCAAGCAUUAUGUGAUGGGAAAGGGAGAGAGAGGUGCCCCUGUACAAAUUCAGUGGAGAUAAGUAGGAGAGGGUUAAACUCCUGUCUCCCUGUUCCAUGCUAAUGUCCCUGGCACACAAGAUUAUUACUUCACCCAAAUUUCACUUUGCAGGAAUGUUUAUCAUGCUACAGAUCUGAACCUUCUUGUUUGACCUCCUACCUUGUUCUUUCAGUUCUGUCUUUAUUGAACUUUGGACCACAUAUACGGUGGCAGCCAUGUCAUUUCAUUCCUGGGUAGCUGAAGAGUAAUAUUCAAAGCUAGCAGAGUCCGAAGUAACUCUUCACUGUGUAAUGACCUGUAUUAGUCUAUUGGCUGCUAGCUUGUCAACAGCUUCAAACAGUAAUUCAGUACCACUGAAUAACAUGGGUCACCGUGAUUUAGAACAUUGCUUCCUCUUGAUGUUGGUAGAAUGGGACCAAACAACUCCCAAAUUUAACGUGAUCAAGGCACUGGGGAUCAGAACCUGGGAAACCUGAAAGCAACUCCAAAUUUUAGAGCCAGGGUAGGGUGGUGAUGAAACUAUUGACCAAAGCACUGGCAGUAUCUUAGAUAAAUACUAUCAGAAUAGUGAUCUUAUUGCUACUGUACGUUGCAUGAAAAACAUAUUUCACACCUGUCAGGUUGUUUUUAAUUAAAUUUUUAAGAAAGUUUGUAAAUUCUCCUUUUAAAUCCUGGUUUGGGUAUUGUCCUUUGAACAAAAGCAACAGCUACUGAUAGAGGAGCCUUGAUCCUAAUAUGCCGUACGGAGUGAAUUGCAGGAUUCUAUAUGCUGCUGCAUUGAUACAUCUUAACAGAGAUCAAGCUAUAUUGUUCCAUUUUGAAAUGUACACAUCAUGAAGUAUUAUCCCUGGCUGUUUACUCCAUUAAUACUGCACAAGUAAAUACCUGUCUGCAUUCUGAAAUGCCUGCAGUAAUGAUAUGCUGAAAUGAUCUGUUAACCUGCCCACCUGGAUCUGAACGCACUGCACCAUGGCUUUUUUAGUAACUUAAUUCUUGUAAAUAUUUGACAUUUCCAAGCCCCCUUUUCAGUUUGUAGAUUGACUGACUGACUGACUGACUUGUUUGGUUUAAUCUUAAAAGUAACAGUUAUGAAGAUGGUGCAAUUAGUACAUCUGUGUCAUCUUCUGCUAGGAGGUAGCCAUUGUGCAGAUAAUCAUGUGCCCAUGUUUCACACGCCUAGUUAUUUACAGGCUGACAGAAGUCGAGUGCACAGGACUGAACCCAACAAAGCAAUAGUAACGGUUUAUUGUGUCCCUGAGAGUAGUCAAGGGGGUUUCUGCUGGAAAGCCAUGUGUAAGACUAGUCAAAUCCAAACAUAGUUUGCCCAACAUGUUUUGGAAAGGAUGAGGAUUAAUACAUAAUAGAGCUGGAUAACAACUUUAUAUUCAGCUUCUACGUUUGCAAAUGUAAAUAAUUAAAAUUACUCCACUUCUAGAAGAGAAGUGAAAUUAAUGCUGUACUUGAACCUCAGUCAACAAUUCCUUUCCGUAAAUAACUUUAUGUCUAGGAAUAAGCCCUUUGAAUUCCUUUGGGUCAAUAUUGUGCACUAUGCUUCAGUGGCCAGAGCCACAAAGACUUAUUUUAAUACUCUGGUCAUUGUGAACUGUUUCUUUCUGUUUGUUGUUUAAAAAUCUCUGCUCUGUAACUUGAAUACUAUCUUACAUUAGUCAAGGACAGAUUAGGUGUCAGGAGAGGGCUUUACAGAGAAUUAUGGUCUGCAGUAACACUUAACCAAAAUUUGAAGGUGAAAAUUAUAGAACAGUUUUUAUGACCCAAAUAAAUAAACUGCAAGCCGACCUGUUGGGAAGCAUUAAGGAACAAGAGAGUGAUAUCAUUGAAAGGUGUUAUAUUCCUGUUUGGGUUUAUAAUUAAAUGUAAUGUUCCAGGUUUUCUGGCAUAUUACCUUCUGAAGGACUGGCAUAUGCACUGAAUCAAUUCCUAUGAGUAUAAGCGAAGCAUUGAUAGGACAGGAUACUAUUAAUGCUGUGACUGCCUCUCCCUUUUUUAUAUCCAGAAGCGCUUUCAUGCAAAGCUGAACAGUUUGUUUCCCACCAUCCAUGUUCACUCUAUCAUCUUCUGCAUUGAAUGUACCUGUGAAUGCUUUCAAAAUAUAUAUAUUGUUUCUGCUUCACCAGCCAUGUUAAUGUUAAACUAGCUGUGGGAAACUGCAAUGAAUUUACAGAAGCAGCUGAAGAUGCUUUUUGUUCCCAUGUUCAAUUCUGCAGUCAGUUUUAUGAGAGGUUUUCACCUGUGACUGACGCAAUUGCCUGUCCUCGAUUUAACACUGUAGAACAGUAACCAAGGAACAGUGUGUAAAGUACUUGUCCUAAUCAGAUUAGGACUAUGUGAACUAACACCCUAAGCUCAAAUGUAUGGAUGGCACUAUGAUUCUCCAUUUAGUAAAAAAAAACACACAUAGUGCCAGGGCCAUGUUUAUAUUCUGCUCAUUACAUUAAGCAGUUCUGUGAUCUAAAAGAUAUACUCCUUAUUUUCUCAGACCUCCAUAUUAAAGUUUUUCAUUUUGUUUUAAAAGAUAUGCUGUAGAAGAAUUUCUGGAACGUGGGCCAAUGAUGUGUUGACUGUAGGCACACUACAUUAUACUGAAUAAAAAAAAAUCACCAAAAGGCUUUUUUGAAAAUGUUUCCUGCGUUCUCAUAUUUUACUAUACAGAUAUUGGCAUGUAUGAUCUCUGUGCAAGGUUAUGCUUCCAGAAACACAUUGUAUAGUAAUGCUUGAUAAAACUCUGUGCAGUAGCCAAAUACAUGUUUGUUACAUGUAAGAUUGAAGAAGGCAUACAGUACUGCUUACUUGUUUGGAUGACUUGCUGAAUGGUAGUAUAUAUGCUAUUUUAAAAAAAGUGUGUAGCUGUUAUCAGACAUCUGACAGCAGUGGUGUGUUGUGCUUAUAUGUACUGUAAUUUAUGCUUUAAUGUACUGUAUUAAAAUUAAGAAAUGUUAAAACUA